UUUUUUUUUUUUUUUUUUUUUUCCCUCCUACUGCCAGCAUAAGCAGCCACCGCAGCACCUGAGCUGCUACUGCCGCUGGCUCAGGACAGCGCUAUGGCUGAGCCUGGUCACAACCCCCAUCCUUCUGCCGGAGGCGGAGAAAGAACCGAAAGGCGCACAUCCCGGCUUCUGUGGCUGUUGCUUUGGGCUGGGACCACCUUCCAGGUGACCCUGGGAACCGGACCCGAGCUUCACGCCUGCAAAGAGUCAGAGUACCAUUUUGAGUACACAGCGUGUGACAGCACAGGUUCCAGGUGGAGGGUCGCCGUGCCACACAGCCCGGGCUUAUGCACCAGCCUCCCAGACCCCGUCAAGGGCACCGAGUGCUCUUUCUCUUGCAAUGCCGGGGAAUUUCUGGAUAUGAAGGACCAGUCCUGCAAGCCCUGUGCAGAGGGCCGCUACUCCCUCGGCACUGGCAUCCGAUUUGAUGAGUGGGAUGAGCUGCCUCAUGGCUUUGCCAGCCUCUCAGCCAACCUGGAGGUCGAUGACAGCAUCUCAGAGUCCACAGAGAACUGCACUUCGUCCAAGUGGGUUCCCCGGGGAGACUACAUCGCCUCCAACACAGAUGAAUGCACAGCCACACUGAUGUAUGCCGUCAACCUAAAGCAGUCGGGCACAGUUAACUUUGAGUACUACUACCCGGACUCCAGCAUCAUCUUUGAGUUUUUUGUCCAGAAUGACCAGUGCCAGCCCAAUGCUGAUGACUCCAGGUGGAUGAAAACUACGGAGAAAGGAUGGGAAUUCCACAGUGUUGAGCUAAAUAGAGGCAAUAAUGUCCUCUAUUGGAGAACCACAGCUUUCUCAGUGUGGUCCAAGGUGUCCAAGCCUGUGCUGGUUAGAAACAUCGCCAUAACAGGUGUGGCUUACACCUCCGAGUGUUUCCCCUGCAAGCCUGGCACAUACGCUGCCAAGCAGGGCUCCCCUUUCUGCAAGCUUUGUCCAGCCAACUCUUACUCAAAUAAAGGAGAAACUUCUUGCCAUCCAUGUGAUGCUGACAAAUACUCAGAAAAAGGAUCUUCCACCUGCAAAGUGCGCCCAGCCUGCACAGACAAGGAUUAUUUCUACACUCACACAGCCUGUGAUGCUCAGGGAGAGACACAGCUCAUGUACAAAUGGGCCAUGCCAAAAAUCUGUGGUGAGGACCUGGAGGGCGCAGUGAAGCUGCCCGCCUCCGGUGUGAAGACCCACUGCCCACCCUGUAACCCAGGCUUUUUCAAAACCAACAACAGCACCUGUGAGCCUUGCCCAUACGGCUCAUACUCCAACGGCUCCGAUUGUACCCACUGCCCAGCAGGAACUGAGCCUGCCGUGGGAUUUGAGUACAAGUGGUGGAACACACUGCCCUCCAACAUGGAAACUACUGUUCUUAGUGGGAUCAACUUUGAAUACAAGGGCCUGACAGGCUGGGAGGUGGCUGGUGACCACAUUUACACAGCUGUCGGAGCCUCAGACAAUGACUUCAUGAUUCUCACUCUGGUUGUGCCAGGGUUUAGACCUCCACAGUCAGUGAUGGCAGACACAGAGAAUAAAGAGGUGGCCAGGAUCACGUUUGUCUUCGAGACCAUCUGCUCUGUGAACUGUGAGCUCUACUUCAUGGUGGGCAUGAAUUCCAGGACCAACACUCCAGUGGAGACGUGGAAAGGCACCAAAGGCAAACAGUCCUAUACGUACACCAUCGAGGAGAAUGCUACUGUGAGCUUCACGUGGGCCUUCCAGAGGACCACCCUCCACGAAACAGGCAGAAAGUAUACCAAUGACGUCGCCAAGAUCUACUCGAUCAAUGUCACCAACGUCAUGGGGGGCGUGGCCUCCUACUGUCGUCCCUGUGCCCUAGAAGCCUCUGAUUUGGGCUCCUCCUGCACCUCUUGUCCUGCUGGCCAUUACAUCAACAGGGAUUCUGGGACCUGCCACCUCUGCCCCUCUAACACCAUCCUGAAAGCUCACCAGCCUUAUGGUGCUCAGGCCUGUGUGCCCUGUGGUCCAGGAACCAAGAACAACAAGAUCCACUCUCUCUGCUACAAUGACUGCACCUUCUCCAGAAACACCCCCAACAGGAUUUUCAACUACAACUUCUCAGCUCUGGCAAGCACCAUCUCUCUGUCAGGAGCGCCCAGCUUCACUUCAAAGGGGCUGAAGUAUUUUCAUCAUUUCACCCUGAGUCUCUGUGGAAACCAGGGGAAAAAAAUGGCUGUGUGCACAGACAAUGUCACUGACCUCCGGAUCCCUGAGGGUGAGGCCGGUUUCUCUAAGUCUGUCUCAGCCUAUGUCUGCCAGGUGGUCAUCAUCCCCUCUGAGGUGAUGGGCUACAAGGCUGGGGUGUCCUCGCAGCCAGUUAGUCUUGCUGACAGACUUAUUGGAGUGUCAACAGACAUGACUUUGGAAGGAAUCGUCUCCCCACUUGAACUUUUUCACCCAGAGACCUCCGGGAUCCCAGACGUAGUCUUCUUUUUUAGAUCCAAUGAUGUGACUCAGUCCUGCAGUUCUGGAAGAUCAACCACCAUUCGCCUCAGAUGCAACCCAAUGAAAGCUGUUCCUGGCUCUCUGCGGCUACCCAGCAUGUGCUCUGAUGGGACCUGUGAUGGCUGUAACUUCCACUUCCUGUGGGAGAGUAUAGCCGCUUGUCCACUCUGCUCGGCCUCUGACUACCACACUUUUGUCAGCAGCUGUGUGGCUGGGAUCCAGAAGACUACUUACGUGUGGCGAGAGCCGAAGUUGUGCUUUGGGGGCAUUUCCCUGCCUGAGCAGAGGGUCACCAUCUGCAAAACGAUUGACUUCUGGUUAAAAGUGGGUAUCUCCGCUGGCACCUGCACCGCCAUCCUGCUCACCGUCCUGACCUGCUACUUUUGGAAGAAGAAUCAAAAAUUAGAAUACAAAUAUUCCAAAUUGGUAAUGAAUGCUACUCUUAAAGACUGCGACCUGCCAGCAGCAGACAGCUGUGCCAUCAUGGAAGGAGAGGACGUAGAAGAUGACCUCAUCUUUACCAGCAAGAAGUCCCUCUUUGGGAAGAUCAAAUCCUUUACCUCAAAGUGAGAGAUAACCCUGGAGACAUCUUAGGGCUAACUGGGACUUCUAGAACUCAGCAAAGACGCAAACCAGGAAUUAUAAUUCUCACAUUCUCUGACUGCAUCUGCAGAGAGCAGGAAGGAACAGAGAAUAUGUUCCUAUGCUCCCACAAAAACUACCGGAAGCAGGAAGUCUAGAGGGUUCCUCUGUCACCCAUUUUCCAUUUCUCUUCUUUGUCCCCUUAAUUUGCCCCUGUGCAGCAGGCAGCUCCUGUCACCGUCUCUCUUUCAGAGGACUCCUGAUGGAUUUGACUCGGUGCCGCUGAAGACGUCUUCAGGAGGCCCAGACAUGGACCUGUAAGAGGCGCCCCCUCCUGCCUCGCCUGCCUCCUCUCCUGGGCACACCACCCUGCAGGCCUGUGGCAAUUUACGUGCCAGCAUCCUGCCCUCCCCGCUGCUGGGAAUCUCUUCAUUGUGGCCUUAUCAGAAGUUUGGAUUUCAGACCCUUGUUUUUUACAGAGUACCCAAACCUUUCUCUCCACUUGCCUCAAACCUACCAAAUAUACCCACACUUCGUGUAUUGUUUCCUUGCUUACAUCUUGUUUUCUAAGACAGUCCACCCACGGGAUCCAUACCCUCAUCUGCCCAGAAUUCUUAGUUUUAAAAAGCAGUUCUUUUUAAGUACAGAAUUGACUUCUGGCCUCCUGUUUGAGGGAGGGAGGAGGUUUUCUGAUGAAGGCUUUCAGCUCAUGAUGUCUUUAGAAGGGAGGCUGUGGCCCGAGGGCGGUCGUCAAGGCAGCCUCAACUCAUUUCUCCUGGGUAAUGAGUUUGAGUAGGGGGCAGUGGACAGUCUGAGGGCAAGGUGGGUGAAGCCUGUGUAAGAGAGACUGGAAAACACAAAGAAAGGCAAGAAAAGGGGGGGGUGUUCAUUCGAUUUUAUAACCGGAUACCUCAUUUCUUUCUCUUUAAAUGAUAAAUAUUCUCACUAAAGGCAGGAAGUUAUUUAUCAAGAACUUGCCCAAAGUCCUAAUAGAGCUAUUCCCCAUGCUUGUUUUUGUCAAAUCUCCCAUCUCUUUAUGACAUUAGAAAGAACCAGGUAAGUCUAGCUCUAUCUUCUAUUGGCUUUACUGGAAGGUAAUAAACACUUGCCAGUGAGGAACACCCCUAUCUGUGAGUGCCUCAGUCCUAGAGGCCUAGAGCAUCAUGGGAUGGAGCAUCUUAUUUAGAAAGAACACAGGGGGCUGAGGUUUAAUGGGGCAGUCUUAGACUCCAGCCCACUGUGGCAUGAACCAGCUAUGGUCAUGAUAUAUUUCUGACUUUAACUUACUUGCUAGGUCACAAAAUUAAAAACUUCUAGACUGACCAGAAAGGAGCUGAGUGUCAGGCAGAUACAAACCAAUCUUCAGGGAGGGAAAGUAGAGAUGUCUUACAAGGCCUGCACCCAGCUGGGACAUUUGUUGCCCCUAAGCCUCUGUCCUGGCUCUGGCCCAUCCCCAUUUCAUUUGUGCACUAAAUAUCUAAAAGACUCCUGGCCUUCAUUUCUGGUGACACUCCUCUGAAAGAUAGAAUAGGUACCAGCUUGCAAGUAGAGUGGGAUUCCUCUUCCCAUUUCCCUUUUACUCCAGCUAUAAUCGGUGAAAAACCUGGAAUAGAAAAACCAGAGAAUAAUUUCCAGUUAAUUUUUCCCCUACUACUGGGAAUUGAUCCUCUUUCAUUCCAUGCCAGAAUAGACAUCUCUUGGUCAAGCCUAAGUUACUUAUGGUCUUCACCUGUGCCCUUUCCCCAGUGAUAGGUGUUUGGUAUAGGACAGAGAGACAUUUCUGAGUGGUUUGUGAGUCACAUAGUGGCUUGUUCAUCUGAUUAGUCAUGGCUGCCCUGGUGAUGGUUUCUAAGAAUCAGAAAGAUAUAAAGCUAUGCCAGGACUUUUGGCCAUCAAAGGCAUCAAUGAUAGACAGCCAAACCUAGAAGCUCUUCUUUGGGUGUCCAAGUUGUCCUUCAUUUUGUGGCUCUCAGAACCUUGACCAUACUGGAAUAUUCUUGACUGGCUAUGUACAUUCAGGCCAUGAGCUCACAGCCAGUCUCCUGCAGCCUCUUGGGUGUCUGCUUCCCAAGGAAUAACUUCUUUCUGUGAUGAAGACCACAAGAGAUACUUAGACUGUUCUGGAAGACAUGGGGAAAGUUUGUCUAUUUGGACAUCUUUAUUCUGACAUCCUGGAAUCCAGUGCUCCUCCUCCCAAGCAUCCUCAAACAGCACUGAUUCAAUGAUAGCAUCUUUCUGGAUCUGUCCCCCUACUCUUUACUGGGAUGGUUCCAAAAGGAAAAGCCUCACCUGCUGCUUCUCUAGCAGCUCAACGACUUCAGAUAAUUUCAGGAUCUCUACUAACACAUAAUUCACACACUCCAUAAGUCACCCUUUCAAAGCAUACAAUUCAGUGACUUUGGGCAUAUCAAUUUUAGUUUUCUGUGCUGAAGAUGAAACCCGGGCUUUCUCACAUGCUAAGCAAAGUGUUCUACCACUGAGCUACACAUUGACCAUGAACAUACAGUUCAGAACACAUACACUAGGUCUGCAAGGGAAAACCACUUUAGUCUUUGAGCCAGGACUGUGGUAGUUUGCACAAACUUUAGGGCCAUAGAGUUGGCUCAAGAGAUUGUGUUUAAUCUUCAUUUGGAUAUGUAGAGUCCUAGAAUACACUAUUUAAUCCUGUAUUUAGUUAUCACCUGUAUUUGGCUGGGAAUACAUAUGAAGAUUGUGGUAUAUCCAAGGCCCAGGGGAUUUCUUAUGCCAUCAAAACUUUUUUUUUUGGUCCAACUAUAUUAAAGAUAAGACUGACUAUAUUUAUACAACAGAAGCUUUGUAAAAGAUUUUUCAGCUUUGUGAAAUCAUAUUUGUGUCUCAUCAAGAUGGUUUGGAUUCCCUUUUUAUUCUGUAUUUCAAGCAUUUAGUUUGUUAGGGAUGGGUGUUGCAUGUCUUUUUUUCCCCAAAAAAUAAAAACAUAUCAUUUGAGCUGUCUUUCUUGAA